UUUUACACGAAUAUUUGAUAUAAAUGUUAAUUAGAGUAUUAUGUCCCAGUUAGUAACAAUACUACAUAUCAAUGUGAGUUUCUCAUUAAUUCGAAACUGAUGCUGACAAUUUGAAAAGUUUACAAAAUGUCUGCUCCCUUGUUCCCAUCUCUUGCUCCGAGAGAAGUUGACAAGUUAUGGUUCACUGUUGAUAAGCCAUGUGAUGAUGAAAAUGAACUGUCAAAAUUAGAAGAAGAAUACCAGUCAUGGCAUCAAAGUAUAGCUGACAAAGACAACAACAUUGUGCCAAUAGGAAAGACGUCAGAGCAUCUAGAUGAUGACGAUGACGAAGAAGAGGAUGACGAGGGUGAUGAUGAUGAUGACAGUGACACCAACGAUGAUGGCAUGGACACCGACAUGAUGGAUGACAGGGAUUCAGCUGAUGAUGCAAGCACAUAUUGAAAUGUGGAUUUUAGUCACAAGGCUAUACAGCCUGGGUAGAGUUGUUCCGUCCCUCCUUCAGGACAGUGGAAGUUGUAUCUGCAGGAUAAGAACUGAGCUCCUGAAGAAGAUGGUUGAAACUGUUCUGAGUGUUCAGACAUUUGUCACAGCCUACAAGUAUUAUGAGAUUAACAUCAGUUAUCUUCACCUGUGGUUUGUCACGAGGGCCACAUUAUGUACGUCUGUGGUGAUUCCAGGGCACAAGAAGCGUCCAUACUCCAUCCUUCUCCAUCUUUAACAUCUGAAGUGGGUAGGGGUGGUGGGGUAGCCUAGUGGUUAAAGCAUUGGCUCGUCACGUCGAAGACCCGGGUUCGAUUCCCCACAUGGGCACAAUAUGUUAAGCCCAUUUCUGGUGUCCCCUGCCGUGAUAUUGCUGGAAUAUAGCUAAAAGCGGCGUAAAACUAAACUCAGUCAGUCAGUCUGAAGUGGGUAGUGGAUGGUUACUCAUGGGGGCUUACUUGUUUAAGGUGAAACAUUUCACUGUGCAGAAUUGCAAACCAUGGACACGUCACAUUCUGGGUUCGAACCCCAUAUUCUAGGUUUGUCAGCACCAUACUCAUGCUUGUGGGUUUGUCAUAAGUUUUGAAAGUCAGAAACCUGCAUCAGUUUGUAUUUUCAUACGUUAAGCUGACAUGCUGUGAUAUAGCUGGAAUACUGUUUGAGGCAGUGUUGAACCCAACUCACUCCUGUGUACGAAGGAGAUUCAUGGACUAUAAUAACAGAUUUCUACAACAUAACAUGCACAAGGUUACUGGUAUGAUCAGUGCAGCUGCAAAGGUGCUAUAUGUAGACUGUAAAGCCCUUCAUAUCAGUGUCAGUGAAGUUCCUCUCAAUUUCACAUUUGUACAGCUAUGAGAUAUCUGUGCAAGAAUAAAAAGUAUUUCCUCUGCUUCUA